GGCCCUGUUUUGGCGGAGCGGGGUGCGCGGCUGGGCCCCUGAAGUGGGGCGAGAGGGGAGGCGCUUCGCCGGUUCCGCCGCCGCCGCCGGAGAGGCUCGUCGUCGGGACCCAGCGUCGGCUCGCCGGGCUUCCCUCAGGAUCGAUGCACCGCGGUUAACCCGUGAGGAGGCGGCGGCCGCGGAAGAUGGUGUCGCCGACAGUGUUAAUUCUGCUCCUCUCCUGGGCUGCGGGGCUGGGAGGUCAGUAUGGAAAUCCUCUAAAUAAAUACAUUAGACAUUAUGAAGGAUUAUCUUACAAUGUGGAUUCAUUACACCAAAAACACCAGCGUGCCAAACGAGCAGUCUCACACGAAGACCAGUUUUUACGUCUAGAUUUUCAUGCCCAUGGAAGACAAUUCAACCUACGAAUGAAGAGGGACACUUCCCUUUUUAGUGAUGAAUUUAAAGUAGAAACAUCAAAUAAAGUACUUGAUUAUGAUACCUCUCAUAUUUACACUGGACAUAUUUAUGGUGAAGAAGGAAGCUUUAGUCAUGGGUCUGUCAUUGAUGGACGGUUUGAAGGUUUCAUCCAGACUCGUGGUGGCACAUUCUAUGUUGAGCCAGCGGAGAGAUAUAUUAAAGACCGGAUCCUGCCGUUUCACUCUGUCAUUUAUCAUGAAGAUGACAUUAACUAUCCUCAUAAAUACGGCCCACAGGGGGGCUGUGCAGAUCACUCCGUCUUUGAAAGGAUGCGGAAAUACCAAAUGACCGGAACAGAGGAAGGGGCGCAGGCACGUCAAGAGGAGCAUGCUGCUGGUAUUGGUCCUGAGCUCCUAAGGAAAAAGCGCACAACUCUGGCUGAAAGAAAUACUUGCCAACUCUAUAUCCAGACAGAUCACUUGUUCUUUAAAUACUACGGAACGCGAGAAGCCGUGAUUGCCCAGAUAUCCAGUCAUGUUAAGGCAAUUGAUACAAUUUACCAGACUACAGACUUCUCCGGAAUCCGUAACAUCAGCUUCAUGGUGAAACGCAUAAGAAUCAAUACAACCUCUGAUGAAAAGGACCCUACAAAUCCUUUCCGCUUCCCAAAUAUUGGUGUGGAGAAGUUCCUGGAGCUGAACUCAGAGCAGAAUCACGAUGACUACUGCUUGGCCUACGUCUUCACGGACCGCGACUUUGAUGACGGUGUCCUCGGUCUGGCGUGGGUCGGAGCCCCUUCAGGAAGCUCUGGAGGAAUAUGUGAGAAAAGCAAGUUGUAUUCAGAUGGCAAGAAGAAGUCGCUGAACACUGGCAUUAUCACCGUUCAGAACUAUGGCUCUCAUGUGCCUCCCAAAGUCUCUCAUAUUACUUUUGCUCAUGAAGUUGGACAUAACUUUGGAUCUCCACAUGAUUCUGGAACAGAGUGCACACCAGGAGAAUCUAAGAACUUAGGACAAAAAGAAAAUGGCAAUUACAUCAUGUAUGCAAGGGCAACGUCUGGAGACAAACUUAACAACAACAAGUUUUCACUCUGCAGUAUUAGAAACAUAAGCCAAGUACUUGAGAAGAAGAGAAACAACUGUUUUGUUGAAUCUGGCCAGCCUAUAUGUGGGAAUGGGAUGGUGGAACAAGGUGAAGAAUGCGACUGUGGCUACAGUGACCAGUGUAAAGACGAGUGUUGCUUCGAUGCAAACCAGCCAGAGGGGAAGAAAUGCAAGCUGAGGCCUGGGAAGCAGUGCAGUCCGAGUCAAGGACCUUGCUGUACAGCACAGUGCACAUUCAAGUCGAAGUCUGAGAAGUGUCGGGAUGAUUCUGACUGUGCAAAGGAAGGGAUAUGCAAUGGCUUUACUGCACUCUGCCCAGCAUCUGAUCCCAAGCCUAACUUUACAGACUGUAACAGGCAUACACAAGUGUGCAUCAACGGGCAAUGCGCCGGUUCCAUCUGUGAGAAGUAUGACUUGGAGGAGUGCACCUGCGCCAGCUCUGACGGCAAAGAUGACAAGGAGUUGUGCCACGUUUGCUGCAUGAAGAAAACGGCUCCGUCAACUUGUGCCAGUACAGGCUCUUUGCAGUGGAAUAAGCAGUUCAGUGGUCGGACUAUCACUCUGCAGCCGGGCUCUCCUUGCAAUGACUUCAGAGGCUACUGUGACGUUUUCAUGCGGUGCAGAUUAGUAGAUGCUGAUGGCCCUCUAGCUAGGCUGAAAAAAGCAAUUUUUAGUCCACAACUUUACGAAAACAUUGCUGAGUGGAUUGUGGCUCAUUGGUGGGCAGUACUGCUUAUGGGAAUUGCCCUGAUCAUGUUAAUGGCUGGAUUUAUCAAGAUUUGCAGUGUUCACACUCCAAGUAGUAAUCCAAAGUUGCCUCCUCCUAAACCACUUCCAGGCACUUUAAAGAGGAGGAGGCCGCCGCAGCCCAUUCAGCAGCCCCCGCGUCAGAGGCCCCGGGAGAGUUAUCAAAUGGGACACAUGCGACGCUAACUGCAGCUUUUGCCUUGGUUCUUCCUAGUGCCUACAGUGGGAAAACUUCACUCCAAAGAGAAACCUGUUAAGUCAUCAUCUCCAAAUGAAACCCUCACAGUUAAUAGUUGAAGAAAAAAAUAGCAAGAGAUCAUGUCCUCAGACCAGGUGGAAUUACUUAAAAUUUAAAGCCUGAGAAUUCCAAUUGGGGGGGGGGGGGGGGAUGGAAAAGGAACCCAAUUUUCUUAUGGACAGAUAUUUUUAACCUAAUGGCACAAAGUCUUAGAAUGUUAUUAUGUGCCCCGUGUUCCCUGUUCUUCGUUGCUGCAUUUUCUUCACUUGCAGACGGACUUGGCUCUCGAUAAACUUUUAUCACAAAUUGAAAUAUAUUUUUUUCAACUGCCAAUCAAGGCGGGGAGGCUCGACCACCUCAACAUUGGGUACAUCACUUGCCAA